CGAAUUUGUUCAUAUCUAAACCCUACCCUUCUUCAUUCCCAUGAUGGCAACUUCAAACGAUGUUCCAAUGGCGGACGCGGCUCCCAAAGCGCAAAAUGCGAACGAGUACUCUGAACUGCUCCAAACGCCUCACUGCGACGCGUUCGCGUUCUCCGAUACCGAGCAACUGGCCCUACAGCUCUACGACCAGCUGCGAGAACUUGAGCUGCAGCGGAGCCUCAUUGAGGCGCAGGAAGCCCACGUGCCUGAUGUCUCGGCACUAUCAGAUGACGUCUUACAGGAGCAGCUGAUUGCAGCACAGCGCGAGGCCAUGGAAGCAAAGGCCAAGUUCGAGAUACGGAACAGGAUAUCUCACAAUGUGCUGGCUAUGGACCCUGUGCUAAAGGCUGUGCACGGAGGCGAAGACACUGAUUUCGCCGAAAAACGAAUACUGCCCUUGAUUACCGAGAAUGAUAUCUUGUCCAUGCUACUAGGCUCGUUAGCAGCGAAGCUCGCCUCGACCACACGUGCCUUGAGUGCAGCCGAGCAGGCCAAUGUGGCCGCUAACCAGAAGAAUAGAGAGCUGUCUGAGACGCUUCUGGCGCUAGCAGAAGAAAUGAAGACCCAGUCAACCGAGGACAUCGAAGAACCCCGGCUUCGCGAAAAGGUCAAGGCAGUCGAGAAGGACGUCAAAGAGGCGCGCAGGAGGAUGAGAACCCUGAAGGGUAUUCUUUCGGCAACGAUUGUGGGCAGCGGUAUCAACUGGGCAGCAGAUCCGGUCCUGCGGGAGCUGGUGAUGGACGACGAAAAAGAUGGCUGAGCCUAUGCCGCAGGUUAAGCAGCAAUGUAGAGAUAUUCUCGAAAGCCCGGCUAAUGUUGGUGGUCCGCUUCUGAAAUGGCCUUCAAUGUGUCAGUUCGCAGGGCGCACGACCAGGCCUCCUGGAAUCGCGGAAAGCUAGGAUUGCAGAUGGUAUGAAGGGCUUGUGGGACAUGUUACGUCGCGUUCUGCUAGCGACACCGCCAUGGGCAGAAUCCCUCUGUAGUCAUCGGUGGGCAUAGCAACACAA